AUGCUAUUCAACAUCCCACACUGCAACUCACAAGCUCCUGUAGCCGCCGCCGCCGCCGUAGCAGCUGUUUCUAGCAUCCGCUUCUCCUCCUCCUCCCUGCCGGCGCUGGUUCCGCCGCCUCCGCCCCUGCACGAGGAGAACCCGUUCGCCGCGCUCCUCGCCUCUGACCCCCGACCGCCGGAGCCUCUCCGCCAGGUGCUCGCCACGGGCGACGUCCACUCCGCGCUCCGCGGCCUCCCGGGCCUCGCGCGCCAGUUGUUCCGGUGGGCGGAGACCACCCCGUGUGGCUUCCCCCGCUCCGCCUCCGCGUUCGCCGCCGUCCUCGUCCCGCUCGCCCGAGCCAACCACAUCCGGGCUGCCUACCCUGUCUCCCUCCGCGCCCUGCACCUCGGCCUCCUCCUCCCCCUCGUGUCCCUCCUCCUAUCGGCUCCACUCUCUCCCGCCCCACGGUCACUAUUGAGCCUCCUCUUACGCUUGUCCACCAAGUACUCAAAGGAAUGCAAAGCCCGCGACGCCACGACCGACACCUGUUCGACGCUGUGCCUGUCCGCCUUCCGCGAGAUGGCAAGCCACGGCGUGGCCCCUGACGUUAAAGACUGCAACCGUGUGCUCCGUGUAUUGCGUGAUGCAGCCAGGUGGGACGACAUUUGUGCUGUGCAUGCGGAGAUGCUCCAGCUCGGGAUUGAGCCGAGUAUUGUCACAUACAAUACUUUGCUGGAUUCUUUCUUGAAGGAGGGAAGGAAGGACAAGGUUGACAUGCUACUGAAGGAGAUGGAGACCCAGGGGAGUGGUUGCUUGCCGAACGAUGUCACGUACAAUGUGGUGAUUACUGGGUUGGCUAGGAAAGGUGACCUUGAGGAGGCAGCGGAGCUGGUUGAGCGAAUGCGGCUGUCCAAGAAGGCUUCAUCCUUCACUUAUAAUCCACUUAUCACUGGGUUGCUUGCAAGGGGCUUUGUCAAAAAGGUUGAUGAUUUGCAGCUGGAGAUGGAGAAUGAGGGCAUUAUGCCUACAGUAGUGACGUACAAUGCAAUGAUCCAUGGGCUGCUUCAAAGUGGGCAGAUAGAGGCUACACAGGCAAAGUUUGUGGAAAUGAGGGCGAUGGGCUUGCUACCAGAUGUGAUCACCUACAAUUCUUUGCUAAAUGGGUAUUGUAAGGCAGGUAGCUUGAAAGAGGCUCUUUUGUUGUAUGGCGAUUUGAGGCGUGCAGGGUUAGCACCAACAGUUUUGACAUAUAACAUUCUUAUCGAUGGUUAUUGUAGAUUAGGUGAUUUAGAGGAAGCCAGGAGAUUGAAAGAGGAAAUGGUAGAACAGGGUUGUUUGCCUGAUGUUUGUACAUAUACAAUUCUCAUGAAGGGCUCGCAUAAUGUGCGUAGCCUUGCUAUGGCAAGAGAAUUCUUUGAUGAGAUGCUGAGCAAAGGUUUGCAGCCAGAUUGCUUUGCCUAUAAUACAAGGAUUUGUGCGGAGCUAACCCUAGGGGCUAUUUCCAAAGCUUUCCAGUUGAGAGAGGUGAUGAUGUUGGAAGGCAUAUCUUCUGAUACAGUGACAUACAAUAUCCUUAUUGAUGGACUGUGCAGGACUGGUAACCUGAAAGAUGCCAAAGAGCUGCAGAUGAAGAUGGUCAAUAAUGGUUUACAGCCUGAUUGUAUCACAUACACCUGCUUGAUUCAUGCGCACUGUGAAAGGGGACUCCUAAGAGAAGCAAGAAAAUUUUUUAAGGACAUGAUCUCAGAUGGUUUGGCACCCUCAGCUGUGACCUACACUGUUUUUAUUCAUGCAUAUUGUAGAAGAGGAAACCUUUAUUCAGCGUAUGGUUGGUUUCGAAAGAUGCUGGAGGAAGGAGUUGAACCUAAUGAAAUAACAUAUAAUGUCCUCAUACAUGCAUUAUGCAGGACGGGCAGAACUCAACUGGCUUAUCGUCAUUUUCAUGAGAUGCUAGAAAGGGGAUUGGUGCCAAACAAAUACACAUAUACUUUGUUGAUAGAUGGGAACUGUAAAGAGGGCAACUGGGAAGAUGCGAUGAGAUUCUAUUUUGAAAUGCAUCAGAACAGUAUUCAUCCAGAUUAUUUAACACAUAAGGCCUUGUUCAACGGAUUUGAUGAAGGUCACAUGCACCAUGCAAUUGAGUACUUGGAGAAUGUCGUUUUGGGUGAAUAG